UCCGUUCAUUCCGUGUUUUCAUCGUGGCCGCGAAGGGUGUAAUCGCUGUAUGACGACGGACGAGUGACGGUGUAUAGAUUUCUUGAUGCGCUAUUUUUCUCGAGUGACGUUUUGCGAAAUUGAACCAGCAGCAGCAGCUGGACAGUAAUAUUCAGCAUUUUGUUUUUGUCGCUGAGUUUGUGUUUGCUGUUUUUCACAUUUGAAAAUUACGGUACCCACACUUCCGGUAAAAUCUCUAUGUGGAGUCGACUAGCGGUGGAUAAUUACCUCCAGCCAGGCCAGGAAUAACUCAGGUAACAGCAGAUCGAAUCGCGAAUAAAAUUGUGCAAAAUUCAGCAAACGUGUGCAGGAAUUUUCUUGGCACACACGCAAGGGGCUUCGGGGGGAAUUUGCGAGCGAGUUGCGAAAUUCGGAAGAUUGACGACGGAGGAGCCAAACACAGCAUUAUCUAAUAUUAUGUUUUGGUGGCCGGGUGCGGAAAAGUGACCAUCCGGUGGAGAAAGGCAAACAGUUCCAUCCAGCCCGAGUAGAAAGUCUUACGAAAGGCUCGCCCAAAAAGGAAGGUUGGUAAUUAUCCGCGGAACGACGACGAAGUGAAUGUGUGUACCUACUGGGGCAAGAAAGUGAGUGAAGAAGAAAGCUCGCCUUCGGAUUUUGGCCAGAGACCGCGGGGGAAAAUCGCCAAAAAUAGACACCCUGCUGCCUGUUGGUGGAUUCGAAGAAUUUGAAAACCAGGAAGAUGCAUUUGGGAAGGGUCGAUUAGUGCACGCCGGAAGCAAAAACAAAACGGAUCUGUUGACCAGUGAAUGUGUCGAAGUGCGUCAGUUUAGAUGAAUUUAAGUAGCUCCCAUAGUGUACUCAAGGUGUUUGACUGAGUGUCUCAUCUCUCCCAAUCGUCGUAAUCCGCGUAAUCGGUGCGUUCUCAAAAUGCCGGUGGUACUGAACGGUUCCCUUCCGCUGCCCUCGAUACGGAUCUACACCAGCAUCAGCGUGUUGCUGGUGUCGGUGUGCCUGUACUACGCCACUUCCGUUACCAGUGAUCCCUUCUGGAGGCAACAGAGCAAUGCUACGGCUGCCACUUCAACAACAGUGAAUAGUAUACUUUCGGGGGCAGCCUCGGCCGCUGGAGAUGCUGCAGCGGCAGGAGUCGCCGGGGCUGCCGGGGGGGAUAAGAUGGCCUCGGUGCUCACCGUGAAGGAGAUCAACGAUCUGGAGGAUAAGAUCCUGGCGGCCACCGAUGCCGAUCUGCAGAAAAUGAUGGAACACGAGGCGGAACUGCUCGAAAGUGCGGCAUAUAAUGAUUCGCGCUCCAUCGGUGCCCACCUGAAAGACAUCGCCUCGUUUAUGGGCAGUGAACCGUUCUGUAUUUGGACUUUGAUAAAUAUGGCAUACUGUUGUCUUAUUCUGCUGGGAAAGUCCAUUCAGAAGGUCGUAUUUGGCGAGCUGCGAAUUUCGGAACAACAGCACAUGAAGGACAAGUUUUGGAACUUUAUCUUCUACAAAUUCAUAUUUGUGUUCGGCGUGGUCAAUGUGCAGUACCUUCAUGAGGUUAUCCUCUGGGUGUCGUGGUUUUCGGUGCUAGGAUUCCUGCACCUUCUGUCGCAGCUGAGCAAGGACCGUUUCGAAUAUCUCUCCUUCUCACCGACUACCCCGGGAUGGUCCCACUUCCGACUGAUAGCGCUCCUAUCGGCCAUCCUAACGCUGUCCGGCUUCAUGCUAAUCGUAUCGAUUGGGGUUGGCGUUUUUAUCAGCGGCUUCAAUACUUUUGCCUUCAUGGCAGCCGAGUGUGUUUUGCUGUCGAUACGGACGCUUCACGUGUUGAUCCGUUAUGCAAUGUUCCUGUACGAUAUGCGGCAAGAAGGAUUCACCCAUGAGUCAAUUUCAUGGGACAAGCGUGGCCCAGUGGCAUACUACAUAGAACUUUCGUUCGAGGUGGCCGCCCUGGUCGUUGACUUCGGCCAUCAUCUGCACAUGCUGCUGUGGGCCAAUGUGUUCCUCUCGAUGGCCAGCCUGGUGAUCAUCAUGCAGUUGCGCUGCCUGAUCAACGAGAUCCAAAGGAAGUUCAAGAAGCACCGCAACUACCUGUGGGUGCUGAACCACAUGGAAAAGAGCUAUCCGCUAGCGACGGCCGAAGAUCUGAAGCAGAACUCGGACAACUGUGCCAUCUGCUGGGAGAAGAUGGAAACCGCCCGGAAGCUGCCCUGUUCGCAUCUGUUUCAUAACUCAUGCCUUCAAUCUUGGUUGGAACAGGACACAAGUUGCCCGACGUGUCGGCUCGGAUUGAGUGUUAACAAUGCCAAUGUGGCCAAUAUUUUGCAGAAUGAAAUCCGCAUCGAUGAUCCGGAACCGGUUGGACCGGGACGAACGGCAAACAAUCACUUCUUCCACUUUAACGGCUCCCGUUACGUGUCGUGGUUGCCAAAUUUCUCGGUGGAGGUGACUCACAUUAAUUCGGUCCUCCGGAAUGAUCCGGUUCCUCGGGAAACGGCUGCUGAAAACCAUACCUCCCAAGUCCGGAACAUGGCCCGGCACGUCCAGGAGAUGUUCCCUCGAUUUCCACUGUCUACGCUCAUUGCCGAUCUGAGCAUAUCGCGAUCGAUCGAAGUCACAAUCGAUAACAUCCUGGAAGGGCGCCUUCAGAUGCCGGCUCGAUUACAAGAGUUCGAAGAUCUGCUAGACGAAGACAAUUCGCCAACAGCGACCACCGGAAGUACACCGGCUAGCGAAGGGGCGAGUUUUUCAUCCCCGAAUGUGCCCGAGGACCUUUUCGUCGAUGCCAUGGAUUACAACUUCCAGGCAGCAUCCUCGUCAGCAGCACUUCACAAUCAGUAUUCGCCAUCUUCAUCGGCGGCUUCCACGCCCAGCUCCGACAGUUCCUCCGCGCCGCCGCCAAUGAUUGUCACCGGUCAUGGCUACAGCCCUAGCAGUAGUAUUAGCAACGAUAGUCAUAUUAGUAACAGUAGUAGUAGCAGCAGCAGCAGUAGCAGUAGUAAUAGUAACAGUAGCGGUAGUGGCUACGAGGUUGAACGAACUACAAGCAUUUUCGGUAACUUCGACAAUCUGCUGCGGGAGGACAGCACGGAACCGGCCGGGGAGCGGUUUUCCAAGAGCUCCGAGGAGCGGGAACGGAUUCUGCAGCGGAGGAAAUCGAUGCUGCUGCACGUUAUGAGGAGAAGAUAUCUGGAGAAAAACAAACCCGAAGGAGUUCGGCAUCGGAACAAGAGCUGCAUGGAUAUGGACGUGAGCUCCCAGCCCAGUUCUUCCUCUUCAUCAGAAGCCUUGGCCUCAACAGUGCAACAAACAUUCAACAACCCCAGCUCAUCGACGACGACGACGUUUUCCAUCGCUCCCAGUGAUAGCAAUCCUCAGCGAAUGCCACAGCGGCCAAAUUAGUAGAGCAUGUGUUACGAAAAUUGGAAUCCAACAAAAUCCUUACCUACUCACUCAAGUAGCAAAAAAUCAAACAAUAGAAAAACUAACACACAAAAUCUUAGGAAUUUCGUACGCGUUGCUAAAAAUAAAACAUUAGUGCGAGGAGAAAAUUAAUUUUAAAUAAUUAUAACUAACUGAAAAAAAAGUCUUAAAUAACACGUAAAAUGUGAUCAAUUUUGUUGAACAAUUUUCACAAUUUCAACAGAGUGAAGCUGAGCAAAACAGCAUAAUAAACUAUAACAUAUUCGCGAACAGCAAAAAAACUGAUCUGUUCAUAUAAAAAAAACCAGAAAAAUGUAAAUCGUUCAGAACUUGCUCCAGUUGAAACAAAUCAAAACACAAACGUAAUGAAUCUGUCGAGAACGAAUCAUAUUCCUAUACCUAGAGAAGGGUACCCAGAAUGUAGGGAAACGAGGGGACAGAAUCAAUCUGAAACUAUGUAGUGCGAAAAUUUGGGCAGGGAUAUUAAGGAACAAAAAAACCGCAGAUAAGUGAAAGUCGGAAAGUUGUAGCAAAUCAAAGUGAAGAAACAAACUGUACUGCAAGCGUUGUGAUGUUAUUUAUUUAUACUAUACCAUUUAAAGAAGUAGUACUAUUACUUGUAAAGUUGUAGAACUCAUAAAACGUAUUUUAGCAAACGUGAGAGAUAGCAAGAAAUAGAAAGUGAUUUUUUUUGGUUCGAUAUUUAAAACAAGACUAGGCUUAACAACAGCGGAAGGAACUGAUGAAAUCAAAAGAAAAGGAAACCGAUCGUGUCAAAUUGGAGGAACGUGGACGGUUUCGCUAAGAGGUCCACUUGGAACAGUGGCACCGGAGAAUUUUCUAGAAUAAUAAAUCGAUUCAGUUGUUAGCUUUCAUUUCGUAAA